AUGAACGCCAUCCAGCAAAAGUGUCGGCCGAAACACCAGGUCCUCGUCCUCAAAUGCUAUCCCCGGACCACGAAAGGCGCUGUGGAUGUCAAGCCCAAUAGCAGCGAGCUCAGUUACCUCUUAUACUACGCCACAAGUCGUCGGUCCAAGAUACAAAAGAUUGGUGCCUUUCUUGAGAAGAAGACAGCCAGCGAUGUCUGGCGCCUGCGUAUUGGAAAUGUCCAAGUCACUCUACAGAUCCUAUCAGCCUUGAUGGAAAAACUUCACAAGGAUUCCGUCCUUAUUGCUCCAUUCGUCCUCAAGAUCCUCGACAGCGUCCUCAGAUCCGACGACAUUACCAUGAUCGAGUCCUCACUCCCUACAUUCGGCGCCUUCUGUGAUUAUCACGACGCGGCUUUUCUCCUGGCAGAUCAGACCUACCUGCGUCAAUACGAGGAAAUUGUUCGGUUAUACGCUCAGCUAGCUUCGACAAAACCCGCUCCAGGUAAGGAGUCGCUCACCACUCCUGUCAAAGUUCGCUGGAGGAACGCAGGCCUUGAGGCUAUUCGCAGCGUUUCCACAGCGGACGCCCUGUCUUCCAUAACAGGUAGCCAAAUGGAUGUCAUUAUGCCCCGAAUUCUUGAGAACCUCUGGUCCGACACCCCCGACUUUCUCGAAACCCUACAUCAACGACUCGAAGAGGAGGAAAAGGUCGAUACCGAGAAGCAGUUACGGCGUAGGACAAGCAUUGCUACAGUGGGAACGGAUGGGGCAAACGACCCCAAUCCCGUUGCCCUUUCCGGAACUGCGGGUGAUGUCGAUAAGCUCGCCGAAGAGGAAGUAGGAGUAUUGGCCAUGCAGUGUCUGAAGAGCAUCUUUAUCGUUCCUACACGCGCACAGAUCCAUGGUGCCACCAUCUCCCUACUAAGGUUCACGCAAGAGAAAGUCGCACAGGGCGAAUCAGUGGUGGAGCUUCACGACGAUCGAGAGCGGGAUAACGGUUGGGCCAUCAGCGUCUACAGCAUCAUCGCUCGCUGGGCUCCUGUACAAGACCGAUACACCAUCCUUGUGGCGGCCUUGGAAAUGUUGCUCCGAGUUCCGGUACAAGACUCUACUCUCGAUGAGCAGCUUGCAUUGGUGACAAUCAUGAGUUCCCUUCUCCGAUCUGACGUCAAUCUCAUUGGCCUGAGUAUGAUGGAUGUGUUACUUGGCUUGAUCAAACAGAUGAGGAAGCUAUUUAGGAUACGAAGCCCCUCGAGCCAGAGUGACGAUGGCAACGCCGCUGUCGUUGAACCUGAAUCAACUGUGCGCCAAAAGACUAAGCAUCUUGUGGGCAGACUCGAGUUGUGCGUUGGUGACUUGGCUACCCACGUAUAUUACACGGACCAGAUUGCCGACAUGGUUUCCGCUAUAAUCCUUCGUCUUAAACCAACUCGAUCUUCUAGCAUCAAUUCUUCGCCAGGAGGUGAAAAGGCCGGUAAUAACGAAGCCGGACCAGGCGCCUCCGCAAUCGAACUAAGCGAAAGUCAGCAGCUUGAUCACUAUUUCUGUCUUAACACUGGCAGGGCAUCGGGCCUCCGUGCUAUCAAGGAGAUUCUUCUUGUCGCAAAUCCCCAGAAGAAGCUCACCGGCAACCUGGCCAUGUCUCGCAAUCCUGUGCCUAUUCACGUAUGGGAAGGCACUCACUGGCUUCUCAGAGAUCCCGAUGGUCGCGUCCGCAAGGCAUACAUGGAGGCCGUCAUCACAUGGCUCGACCGCGAGACAUCAUUCGCCAAUGAGAUUGCCGUUGAGGAGAAGCUUCCUCGUUCUCGCUCAUCCGUUAAGAUGAGCAAGGAAGCCAGCUCCGGUAUCAACCGACGAGCCGUCUCGAAUGCUUCCCAUCGUGAGCGAGGAUCAAAACCUCGCCAGUCGCAGUUCUUGGCGUUGCUGCAUCUAGUUAUUUACGACAACGCUCUUCAGUUCGUUGAUUACGAGAAUGAUCUGGUCAUGCUCCAUAUUCUUCUCACCAGACUUGUCCUGCAGCUUGGUGUUAAUGCCGCUCGCUAUGGCCUGCCCAUGAUUUACCGCUUGCAGGAAGAUGUUCAAGAAAUUGCCACACCUCUGCAUAAAGUCCGAAUUGCAUCCCUCUGUCACGGUUAUUUCUGGUCACUCGCCGAGAAGUUUGAUUUCAAGGAAUCCGAUAUCGGGAAAGCAAUCGAGAGUGAGGUGGCACGUCGCAAAAGAAAGGCUUUCUGGGUCCAGGGCAUCAACAUGCCCCCUCCCUCCCUCGAUCAAGUCGGUAUGCCUGGCGAGGCACGCCCGCAGCCAGACUGGGACUCUGCUGCAUUGGAACGAGAGGAGUUGCUUCCAUUCGACGACAGGGAGGCCCUCGUAGAGUCCAUUGCGGUCCACUAUCAUGAGAGUGUCCAGGCGCCUCCUGGAAGCCCCGGUGCAUCUCCUGGAAAGGUGCUUUCGGGACCAAUUCUCGGCUCAAGUCUUUCUCCCACCAGUCCGACAGAACCCGACGCGGAAUUACCAGCUAUUUUCCGCGAGCAGAUGAUGGGAGACUGGUCCAGAGAUGCUGCGGCCGCCAUGCUUGCCGCAGCUGGAAAAUCGGAGUCAUUGACCGGAUCUAAGACGGAAACUGCAGGUACACGAGGCCAUCUCACGGUAAAGACAAACGGUGUAAACGGCAAUGGAUUCGCCAAUGGUCACGGAGCAACGUCGCCGUAUGGAAGUCAGUACAAUUUGAUGAGACCUCAUUCGUCACAUGGCCACCGCGAGAAGGAAAGAGAAGGAACUAUCCCGAGGCACCGCAAGAGUAGCGUUCGCAGUGCCAACUCGCCAGCAGCCCUCUCAACUGGCAACCGAGGCACGGUCGCCUCGGUUGAUCAGCUGAAGCUCGUGCUCUCAGGCAACCCCCCACCGAAAACAGCCGCCCUUGCGGGAGACGAUGACAGCGGGGACAGCAUGGUCAGCUAUGAUUACAGCCUUUCAGAUAUGAGCUUUAACCCAGCUGCGCAGAACGACCAGCCUAGUAGUCCAACCAGUGUCAAGAGACCUGGCACUGCUUCCAAACGAGGACCUUUGAGUGCGCAUCCUCCUCUUGGGGGAACACCCAAUCUGCAUGACAAUAAUGAUGAAGAUGAGGCUGUGCCUCCUGUGCCACCACUGCCGGAUGUAAACUUGCUGGGAGGCAAGAGAAGUCCAAUCCAGGCAGGCGAGAAUUCAUUCCAGGACAAAGCGAGACGACGAAGUCUCAACAGCCGCAACGGUGAUGGAAUGCGGCCCAAGUCGGUCCGUUCCCAAGACACCAAGACGAUGGAUCUACAAGAUCUCCUUCGGGGAAUCGAUAGCCGACCAAGCGAAGGAAGCCUGGGUAAUGUGACGAGGCCCCCGUACUAG